AUGGCGGACGCCACACGGGUGGCGAGCUCGUCGGCUCCCAGUUCCCCCUCAGCAGAUGGGACGUGCGAGCAUGCAGGGAGGGAAAAUCCGCACGAGGAGAGCGAGAGGCCGGCAGUCGACCAUCCCUUCCCCCACUACCUCGUGUCUCCUGCGAUCAAGGGAGUGCGAUGGAAGAAGGAGGCUGCAGGCUCGAGCUUGUCGGAGGGGGUGCAGCAUCCUCAGAUGCUCAAGAAGAGGAGCGCAAGCUGGGCGUCAGGCCUGACUGCCAUCGACGAUGACAGCUCUCAGGCAGACGAGCACGAGGAGGCGAGGGGGUCCGAGCCUGCUGACUUCGAGAACCGCAUCCCCUUGCUCUUCGAGUUCUCUCUCGUCGAGGACCUGGCGACAGGAAGCUCUCUGUACCGCCAGCGGUCCAGGGAGAGUGCGGCGAAGAUGGAGAUUAGGUGGGUAAGAUUCCUGCAGCUGCUGAUUCACUUGGCGGUGGCUCCAGCGUUCCUCUCCAUCCCCAUCCUCUCGAGUGCCAGGUCCAAGGGCUGCCUGCUCCAUCUAGGAAAGCACUUCAAGAUCCUCUUCUUUAGCGGCAAGGCGCUGGUGCGGCCCGCGGCUUCCCUCGCAGCAUCUGACGCAGGAGCGUGGCAGGAGGUGCUCUGCUCUAUCCUGCUGAUGACGAUCAUCGCAUGCUCUUACUGGCUCUACUACAACGGCAAGGACACUUACGAGACCAGGGAGGUCCUCCUCCUCUACCUCAUCAUCCUGGCCACGUACUCAGCCAUCUACUCGCCUGACCGGCUGGGAAGGUACUCGUUCGACGACCUCGAAGACCUCAUGUCAAACGUCUCUCCGAAUGACAAGAAGGCCGAGCUCGACAAGUCUGGGCUCGACGGGGCUGAGCUGGACAAGGGGGACAACCCUUCCCCGAUGUCGUCUACAGAUGAUCUUACGAACCGCAAGAUGUCCGAGUCGUUCAGAUUCCAGUUCCAGGAGCUCCAGGAGCAGUGGAACUACAUGCAGAACGAAAUGCUGACCGUGUUUGACUCGAACAGGAAGACGUUCACCGUAUCGCUGUACGACUUGUGCCGCGAGGUUUACGUGGCGAGGAAAGAGCAGAAGCGGAAGAGUUCGCAGCUCCCGUUCUUCGGCGCCAUGGCGUUUGCCAUGACGGCUCCCACCCAUCGCCUUAUGACCCUCUGCCUGGGUCUCCCCAACGACUCGACUUGUCCUCGGAUGCGCUUCCAAGACCUCACUGUACCCCCCGUCGAGCUGCUGCGGGCAGCGUUCGGCUCCUCUACAGCCGAGGUCGCGCUUACGGUCAGCUGCACGUUGGCGAACUUCGUGAUGGGAAUGGGCAUCCUGACAUGCACAAACGUAGCUGUCGAGUCCUACCGGCGGCUAAAUCGAAGAGCAAGAUACCUCUGUGCUCUCCUCGACUUGCGCGCAGCUCGACGAGCCUGCCUGCCACAUCUCUCGAUCUCCUCUGUUUCUCAGGUACGAGCAUGGCUGGUCCUCCGCCAGUACAUCAAGAAGCAGAACUCUUCCACGUUUCUGGCUCGAUCCGUCGACUUCAUAGUCACUGUCUCGUUCUUGGUCUGCUGCGUACUCUUCCUGCACUUCGUCGUUGCAUUCUUUCGGGGAGGAGGGAACGCCCAGCUCCUGGGGGUAUCGGACUGUCAGGCCCUGAUGCUGGCCUUCAUACUGGGAAGGGACGUCACCCGCAUCAUACAGCUGGGAGCGAGGACCAAUUAUCCGGCAGUGAAGGAACAGGCUGAGAGAGCGGUCAAGUACCUGGACGUCGUCAGGCUUGCACAGAAGGACGCGCACUCGCCGCUGCACGUCUUGGGGUUUCCCUUCUCAGAGUCUCUCUUCCGCCUCAUGAUCGGCAUCAUGAUCUCGGCAGGCGGGAGUGUGCUCUCUCGCAUCGUUGGCUUCACUGUCCCGAUAACUGCAUGGAGGAUCUGA